CAUGCGUGCAAUGAGCGAAGAAAUUCAAUCCACGAAUCAAACGAUGGCAAGACUCGAGAGGAUGAUGCUCCAAACCGUUGGACGACGAGCUAGGAGGGGUAACCAUUCAGAAUCAUCUUCCGAAGGGUCAGCCGAAUCUGAGGAGGAUCACGAAAAUCGGAACGAAUUUCCGGAGGAUGAAGAUGUUCGUUCAAGGGGAUCAAAUCACCGUGGAAGGCAAAGGGUCGAAAGGCCUAAGUUAAUACUUCUGACAUUUAAUGGUACGGAUCCUGAUUCAUGGUUAAAUCGUGCUUGUCAAUACUUUGAGAUUAAUGAGAUAUCCAAGUCGGAAAGAGUAAAAUAUGCCGCCUAUUAUCUUGACGGAGAAGCAAAUGUGUGGUGGCAAUGGCUUUCGAGGGUAUACAAAAAAGAGGAUAAGCGGAUUCGUUGGAAAAACUUCAAAAAAGAGAUGAUUAUUCGCUUUGGUGUGUCGGAUUAUCACAACUAUAAUGAAGCUCUAUCACAUAUCAAGCAAACGGGAAGCUUAAGGGAAUACCAAAAGGAAUUCGAGAGAAUUGCAAGUCGAGUUCGCGAUUGGCUGGAGGGAGCACUAGUCGGUACAUUCAUGGGUGGGUUGAAACCCGAAUUGGCAGCUGAGGUGAGGUUAGACAAACCAAGAACCAUGCGUGCCGCCAUGGAAGCCGCUAGGAUGCGUGACGACCACUUGAUGGCACUACGGAGGGCCAAUCGACCGGAAGUGAGGCGACCGAUGACUUUCCCUUCUAAUGUUCAAAGAACGGGAUCCAAUACAUCAACCGGUAAUGGAAAAGACCUUUCACCGGGGGUUAAGCGUUUGUCUUGGGAAGAUAUGCAAAGAAGGAGAGAGAAAGGCUUGUGCUUUAAUUGUGACGAGAAAUUCACACCCGGUCAUCGGUGCAAAGAAAGGCGAUCGUUUUUCAUUGAAUGUGUUGAGUCCGAAGAAGAUGAAGUAGUGGGGGAUGAAGUGAAAAGUGUAAUCGAUCUUCACGAGGAGGAUCCGGAGAUAUCGGUCCAUGCAAUGGCGGGAACUCAAGGACCCAAGACGAUGAAGAUGCCAGCUUGGGUUCGCGAUCGACGUGUAAUUGUGCUAAUCGACAAUGGUUCGUCUCAUAAUUUCAUUAAUUCAUCAUUGUCCGAUAGGUUAAAUUUACAGGUCACAAAAGUUGAGCUGUUUGAAGUGAGGGUGGCUAAUGGUGAGAGAUUGAAAUGCUCGGAGUUUUACCGGGGUGUGCCGAUAAAAAUGCAAGGGGUCACCUUAAAGGCCGACUUGUAUGCACUACCUUUGGUAGGUCUGGACGUGGUUUUGGGGGUUCAAUGGUUGAAAGGAUUGGGUUCGGUUACUACGGAUUACAGAGUGGGAAUAAUGGAAUUUCGUUGGGGUGAUGGCAUGGUUAAAUUAUCAAUCGGAGGAAAGGAGGGAACGAAGGAGGUGAGUGCUCAAAGUUUGGAGAAAUUGUGGAGGCAAGGUAGUCAAAUCUUUGCCAUUAGAGUCGAUAAAUUGGAGG